AUGGCUUCCGAUACACGACUUAAGAGCAUUCUUCCCCAGAGUAUUUCACCCACACAGAGUGCUUUUGUUCCUAGUAGAAUGAUUCUAGACAAUGUAAUUGUUGUUUUUGAGGCUUUGCACUCAAUGUCUACUAAAGGGAAAGGGCAACAAGGUUAUAUGGCUGUCAAGUUGGACAUGAGCAAAGCAUAUGAUAGGAUGAAAUGGAUUUUUUUGGAAAAGGCUAUGGUGAAAAUGGGUUUCAAUCUGAGCUUAUUGAAUCAUACUGAAGCUGUCAAGAAUAUUCAUGGAUUUCUUAUUUGUAGAGGCGAACUAAACAUUAACUAUCUUUUCUUUGCAGAUGAUAGUUUGCUAUUUUGUAGAGCUAAUGCAAUGGAGUGGGCUAUUCUUAACAGGUUGCUAGGCCUCUAUGAAAAUGCAUCAGGACAUAAACUUAAUAAGUCCAAGAUUUCAAUAUUCUUUAGUGCCAAUAGAAGAAAAGCUCCCAGAGAUGAUAUCCUAAGCAUUGCAGGAACUUGA